AUGGUGGAUAAGCCUACAGACAGUGCCACAUCACAAGCUUUGGUUCGAUUCGGUGCCACUAAGGAAGCUGUUAAGAUCAUUCAUGAAAAUAAAAUGACAGAUACUGAAGGGGUGAAUAAAGGCAUUUACUUUAGCUACCCAUGCCGACGUAAAAGCUGUGCUUUAGUAAACAUCCCAAAACCAUGUGUCAACAAAAUGAUUUCACACAUUGAAGAUGUGGAGUCUAAAAUAAAGGACCAUCUGCAACAGUUUGAAACAUCUUUGGAAGAAUGGAGCAGAACUUCUUUCACAAAAGACCUGAAAGAAGAUCUGAGUGUUGCUACUACACCAAUGAAAGAGGUCAAACCAGAAGAGUUGCGAGAUGAAAAGUGUCCAGAAUUAAAGCAGGAAAUGGAAACAUUGCUAUCAGAGGCCAUCCAGCUCAUUAAAAGUCUAGAAACUGAUCGUGCAGAAGCUGAAGAAGCUUUAAAACAACAAAAAUCAAGAAAGAAAAGGAUUAGUAUGCAAAUUGAUUCUUGGUCAGUCUGGAAACUUCAAGAAAUCCCAUUAGCUGUGCAGAAAGAACACGAAGCCUAUUUGAGAGAUAUUAUAGAACUACGAUGGCACCUUGAAGAUAAAACUCAUCGACUAAAACAUUUGCAGGAGCAAAAGGAUAAAUUUGAAGAAGCUAACGCAAAGCUUCAAGCAGACAUAGACUAUAUGACUAAACAUCGCCCUCUACUGCUUGCAAAGCUCGACCAGGAACUUGUAGCUCUGAGGGAAUAUUAUCAGAAAAAAUUUGAGGUAAUGGAACUAUACAAGCAAGUUCAUGGAGAACUUGAAGAAGCCAUAGGAAAUCUUGAAAAAGCCAAAUUCAAAGCUAAACAAAAUAGAAUAGACAUGGAAAAGGAUAUUCAUAAUGAUGAAAUAAGCAUACACGCCUACAAGAGAGAGAUAGAUAAACUUAACAGUCUGUUUGAUUUCUACUGUACAUCAAUACAAGAUGUUAAUAUUACUAUUGAGGAGAAUGAAGAGGCAGUGACUGAAGUAUUGAAGGAAACAAAGUCAUCAAAAAAUGAAUUAGCUUCUUUAUCAAAAACGCUAGAAGAUUUGAAAAGAGUUUAUGAUCAACUAGUCUGGAAGAAAAAAAUUUUUGAAAAUGAAUAUCUAGAAGCACUUAAUAAUUUUUAUGUCACAAAAAGAACAUGGGAUAUUGAGCUUUCUAAUAUCGCAAAAGAUUUUUCAGAUGUUUCAAUAGCAUAUUCUCAAUUGGUGGAAGAAAACAGAAGACUUGGGAUGGAUAUUGAAACUAUACUAGGUUAUAUCAGUGACAGUGUAAGGAAAAAAUCAGAGCUCGAGGCCGAAAUCCGAACCUUGUUGAAACUGAGGUCAAAAAAUGAAGAUUUUCUUAAACAACUAUACAAGGACACUUAUAACAUUGGUGCCAUUUUCCACCUAACCAGAUUUAAAACAGAAGAAUUAGAACAGAAAAUAACAGAAGUGAGAAGAAAAUUCAAGGGCAGAGAAGAAUUCAUGAAAAAACUCACUCGAGGUGAAGUGGCCAAUGGAAUGUUGAUUCAGAAAAGACUGUUUUCCCUUCAAGAAGAACAGGCACUUGAGAAACAGGAACUUGUGAGAAAGAAAGCAGUAUAUGCUCUAGCACUGGCAGAAAUGGAGACACCUCUGCUUAAACUAGAAGAAGAAGCUGUAAAAAUCAGAACUUGCCACAAAGAACAUCAUGAUUUACUAGGUGAAAUAAUUGAGAGGAAAGAAUAUGUUAAAAGAAAUGUAGAAAAAACAAAGAAAAAAUUGCGAAGAAAGGGGAAGAAAACCCAGGAAGCAUUAAUAAAAACUGAGGAUAAACGCUCAAUGAUUUUUAAAGAAAUAGAGACCACUAGAAGUAAAACAGUUAUUUAUCAUGCAAAAAUAAAUCAAUUGAAUAAGGACUUAGAAGAAAAGCAAAAGGAAAAGAAGGUUUUUGACCACACACUUAACUAUUUAAAGGACCAGUUUAUAACCAUGAGAGAGAAAAAGGAAUAUGCCCAAGCUGUGUUUGAUCAUCUCGUAAAUGAGAAAAAAGCCUGUGAAGAGAGACUCUAUGAGGAAGAACAGAGAUACAGAACGCUCUUUACCAUGAGGCAAAGAACUCUGUCAAAUAUUAAGAAAAUACAGGAUGAGUCGCUAGAAGAAAAUCUAUGUUUAGCUCAAGAGUAUCAGAAAUUACAGAAUAUAUUCUUAACAGUAAAGGACAAUUAUUUCAACCUGUAUGAAAAACAGCUAUCACUUGAUGGUUCAAUUCGAGAUAAGACACAGGCUGCAAGCUUCUCACCUAUGAAAUUCUCAAGCUCACUAGCAGUCACAUCAGAUGUACUUUCAAAUUUUCAGAUACCUUUCUGUCAGCUGCAAAGAAGGAUACACAAGUUGUGGCAGAAGCACUUCGAGCUGGUGGUCCUCUGCAGCCGGAUGAGGCUGGCCAAGUUCCAGAUAGACUCUCAAGAGAGUAUUCAGAAAAUAUUAGCUGUGCAGGAAGAAUCUUCAGAUUUGAUGCAACACAUCUUAGAUUUCUUCCAGACUUUGACAGAUGGCCAAUGUGAAAACGAUGGUUAA